AUGGAAUCAAUGGACACUGAAGACAUAUCCAAAAAAAUCAAAGUAUAUGAGAACUUCCUGCAGGACAGGCUGAAGAAGGAUCUCAAGGAAAUCGAAAAGAUCCUGGAUGACAAAUCAACAAAGUAUAACGAGUGGGAAGAUGUGAAGCAAGUAGUUAAGACAGUUUGUGAAUUCAAGGAGAAAGACAGGGACAUGAAAGUAAUGUUUGACUUAGGACAAGGGACUAUGGCAUCUGGUGAAAUAAGUGAUUAUGAGCGAACUUACAUUAAUAUAGGUUUAGGUUAUAUGCUGGAAAUGGACUGCAAGGAGGCAGAUGGCUAUGCUGAUAUUCGACUAAGACUGCUCAAAAAAGAAAUUGACCACUUUAGGAAGAUGGCAGUUGAUAUCAAGGUUUUUCCAAAUAAAAUUCAGAAACGAAAAUUAGACCUGUGGCUAAACCGUGACAAGCAACGAUUCGCAAAGAACACCAAUAACAGCUGCGCGCGCACAGCACGACUCUCUUUCCGGCAACUACGAUUUUCCAAGUGA